CAUGGAGGAGGCAAAUUCGUCUGAAGAGUUCACUUUCAUACAGCAGGAAGCCUUCCAUCUACAUUUGGAUACAGGGACCUUGACAAGAGUGGUUGUUGUGAUUACAACUUCCAUAUUCUUCAUUUAUGUGAACAGCAUCAUGUUCCUCACCCUAAGGAGCAAGGCCACCUUUAGUGAGACAUCCCGCUACAUCCUCUUUGCCAACAUGCUAUUAAUUGAUUCUGUCCACCUCGUGGGUACCACAUUGUUGUAUGCAAUUGGUGCAGCAGGCUUUCACCUGAUCAAGACUGUCUGUGCCCUGCUGACACUGAUGCCUGCCACCACAUACACUACCACCCCCUUGAACCUGGCAGUGAUGUCUCUGGAACGAUAUGUAGCAAUCUGCUUCCCCCUGAGGCACACAGAGAUCACCACACAGAGAAGGACAAACAUUGCCAUUGGAUUAGUCUGGUUUUUCGGCUCCCUAAAUUUCAUUAUCGACAUGUUUUAUAUUACCAUAAAACAACCACACUCUCUCACUGCAGUCAUACCCUGCACACGGCCAGGCCUAUUCCCUGCUAAAUGGCAUAUACAAUUGGGCCAGGGAUUAAACAGCUUUUACUUUGUUGUUGUGGUUUUAACUAUCAUUUACACCUACAUUGGUAUUAUAGUAGCUGCUCGGUCUGUAUCUACAGAUAAGGUUUCAGCCCGCAAGGCCCACAGAACUGUGCUGCUCCAUCUGAUUCAGCUGGGACUGUGUCUCACCUCUCUUCUGUAUGGAAUUUUUGAGAGUAUGACUGUGACAACUGGUUCUUCCAUGUACUAUCUGCAAAUCGUGAACUUUAUCUCACUCAUCCUUCUUCCUCGAUGUCUGAGUCCCCUCAUUUACGGCCUGAGGGACAAUGCCUUCCGGCCACUGUUCCUCAGGUAUUUCAGGUGCAACUUCAGAAAAAUCAGACCUGAUGUACUUGGACAAUGAAACAUUAUAAAAGUAAAUAUUA